CAUCCCCCCCCAACGCAUAGAGCGCCAAAUCUCUCCCGAAACGUGGCGGUUUACAAAUGUAUGUAGACCAUGGUCACUGUUUCAGUGAUAAGUUACCAUUGUUAGUUGCGUUGAUACGACCGUCGCUAACGCAUCAUGGGAACGCUGCCGAACUGGAUUGCACUGUGUCUCUCAGUCGUUGUUGUCACGCACUGCAACCCUGCCAACACACUGCCCACGACAGUCCCAACCGCCACGCCCUCUACAGCCACUCCUACAGUGACGCUUGGGGUUGGCAGUGAUGGUGAGGCCAGCGAUGAUAGUGCAGAUGAUGCCUUUCGUAAUGGUGAUGAUGAUGAUGAUGGCACUGGCGAUAGUAGUGUAGGUGAUGAUGGCACUGGUGAUGAUAGUGUAGGUGAUGACGAUGGCACUGGCGAUGAUAGUGUGGGUGAUGAUGAUGAUGAUGGUACCCUUGGGGUUGGCAGUGAUGGUGAGGCCAGCGAUGAUAUUGUAGAUGACAUCUUUCGUGAUGGUGAUGAUGAUGGUGUUAUUGACAGUGCGGGUAUGGUAUACACGCUCAUUGAUGAAAACUUAUUUGAAGAUGAUUACAACGAUGAUGAUUACUUCGACGAUGAUUAUUACGAUGAACAUGAUGAUUUCUAUUUCGACGAUUUUCAUGAAGGUCAAGGUCAUGAUGGCGACUAUCUCGACGACGAGGAGCCGCUUAAAAUGCCCCUUAACUACACGCUCGUCGACGACUCUUACACCAUCAAUAUGCCAAAGGAGAUAGUCAUGUCAGAUGAGGAGAUCAGCGAACUUAUUGAGAAAAGUAAUCCACUCGCAGACGGGGCUGGUGAUCAUGAUGAUUAUUUUGAUUACGAUGAUUAUUCUGAUUAUGAUGAUUAUGAUAAUGAUGAUGACGAGGAGGGUGAGGCAAAAGACGGAGAGGGCGAGGAGGGUGAGGCAAAAGACGGAGAGGGUGAGGAGGGUGAGGCAAAAGACGAAGAGGGAAAUAGCGAUAGCGAGGCGAAGGGAGUGGAAAACGAAGAGACGAGGGUGGAAGGAGAAGAACAGCAAACAGAAGGAGGAAAAGAAGAUGCCAGCGAAGAGAACACGGACGAUCACUUUCUCAGUUUCCAAGACUACAACAUCACUUUCCACAAGAAUAAUAUCACCUUUUCAGACUAUAUCAGUCUCUACAAUAUCAGCUUCGAGGACUACAACAUAAGCUUUGAGGAAUAUAACAUCAGUUCAGAUGGCUACCCCUUCGCCGACUACAACGUGACGCUCGUAGACUACGGCUCUGAUCUCGAGGACUAUCCUGAAUUCAACGUUACCCUCGAGGACUUCAACGCGACCUACGAGGAGUACGAGAAUGGGACGGUCUUCGACGUUACCUUUGUCUCCAACGAAGUACUUGACAGCAUCACGAAGGUUCAUAAUGCAACAGACGGCGACGACGAGGGCGACGGUGACGAAGUCGAGGGGAACAUGAUUUCCACCACUGACAGCAGCGACGACGCUGGACGCCCGACGACGGAGUCUCCCCAGCCUCCCCCAGAGCCCGGACAUCUCAGAAGUGAGAGGGAAGUUGCUAUUGGCGCCUGGUCUCUUACCUCAGACGAGUGCGAGCGAGUCUACGACAAUCUUAUCGCCUCCGGACUGCUGAGAAGAGAGGAGGAGGAAGAGGUAAGGGCCCUGGAGCGAAUGCGAAGGUCGAUCGAGUCCCUUGGAGGCAUGGACGCCCUCAAGGGGAAUGAUGAACUGACGCACCACAUAGCAAAGCGACAGCUGACUGGAAACGAGGCCUGCGGCACCUUCAGCAGGCGUCGCAGAAGGGAGACAGACGAGCCGCCUUCCUCCUUCAGGAAGAGGCGCGGUAUUUCUAAUGUUGGCAAGCGAUUAGAACAGGACAACGCUAGCUUUAAGCAGCUCUAUAACCAGUAUAAGAUUAUGUGCCGAUUCGUUGCCAUGAUGAUCUUCGAAAAGUGAUCUGACCCAAAAGGACCUGAGACUCUUCGCAAAAAAAAAAAACAUCCUCAGCUUUAAGUUCGCUCUGGAAUAAGGAAUUUUGAGUGGAUUCCAAAAAUAGCAGAUACUGCACACCAUCUUUGUAAACAAAUUAAAAAAAAAAAAAUCAUGCAAAAUAACAUAAUCAUCGUAUAUGUAAUACAUUUUCAAACACUCCAUAUUCCCCAGAAUUAAUUUAUCGGUGAAAAUAAUCUAAAUUGUAUGACUGAAUAAACCUGUUUGGCAAGGA